UGCACAAGAAAUCAUGCUCUCCUCUCUAAUUGGCUUCCAUCUGCCAAAAACCUUUUCCAUUCCCGUAACCCAAAUUAGCCUCCUCCAUAACUAAUUCCAUUACAUGCCAUUCAACUACAAAACCGAUGAAUCAUCAUCGAAACGCCUCAUCUUCUUCAAUCUUUGUAAUGAACCGCUUCUAAUUUUGUUGGGUUUUUCAAGAAUCGCUAUUUUAACACCUGGGUUUUGUGGAAAACUUGUGGGGAUUUGGCAAUGGAGAACGGGGAGUACUCGAAGGAAUUAGAUAUGGCGGUUCGAGUUGUUCAUUUGGCGUGUGCUCUUUGCCGUAGAGUUCAAGAGGGUUUGCUUUUGGUCGGCAAUGACCUGGUUAAGGCCAAGGAUGAUGAUUCUCCGGUGACAAUUGCUGAUUGGAGUGUACAAGCAAUUGUUAGCUGGAUUCUUUCUGAAUACUUUGGCAGUCAAAAUGUAUCCAUUGUUGCUGAAGAAGAUGUACAAACUCUUUUGAAGCCAGAUUCGAGCAGUCUGUUGUCAGCUGUGGUAAAAACCGUAAACGAAUGCUUAGCUGAAGCACCAAAAUAUGGUCUUCAAAGUCCAGUUAGAGCCCUUAAAACUUCUGAAAUUCUCGAGGCUAUAAGCCGGUGCAAUUCAACUGGAGGCCCGACUGGAAGACAUUGGGUGCUCGACCCUGUUGAUGGCACGUUAGGCUUCGUCCGAGGCGAUCAAUAUGCUGUUGCCUUGGCCUUGAUUGAAAAUGGUAAAGUAGUAAUGGGAGUUCUUGGAUGUCCUAAUUAUCCAUUGAAGAAGGAAAGUUUUCAUCAUCAGUAUAAGGCAGCAUCACCGAAGUUAGCACAACCAUGUUCUGACUCCUUGGAAAAAGGUUGUGUUAUAUAUGCAAAGAGAAACUGCAGUGGGGCAUGGAUGCAGCCAUUAGUCCAUGGCAAUAAGAAGCUUGAAUGGCCAAACUCAGCUAGCCUUAUUCAGGUUUCUUCCAUUGAUGACCCAGCUCUUGCAACUUUCUGUGAACCUGUGGAGAAGCAGAACUCGAACCACUCGUUCACUGCUGGACUGGCUCACAGUGUAGGGCUGAGGGAGCAGCCAUUGCGAGUCUAUAGCAUGGUAAAGUAUGCUGCCAUAGCUCGAGGUGACGCCGAGAUUUUUAUGAAGUUUGCAAGGACUGGAUACCGGGAAAAGAUAUGGGACCAUGCUGCUGGUGUUAUCAUAGUAGAAGCAGCAGGAGGUGUGGUGACUGAUGCUGGAGGUCGUCCCUUGGAUUUCUCGAGGGGAGUUUACUUAGAAGGUCUCGAUCGGGGCAUAAUAGUUUGCUCGGGGCCAAUCUUACAUGAGAAAAUCAUUGGAGCAGUCUAUGCCAGUUGGGAUUCUUCCAGUCUAUAAAACGCUUUUCCUACACAUGAUCCGAGUCUAACGGAGUAGCGUGUGUGAUCAAAAGGGUCGUCACAGCCAUUAGGUACUUAUUUCUACCCAAACUGAUUCAUCUGAUCACAAUGUUAUCACAUAUAUCCAUAUUAUACAAACUUUGUUUAUAUCUUUUGAUGGGUUGGCUGCAAUGUGAUCAAAUAGAACAGAUCUGUUUUGAUGUAAUCCAUGUAUACCCAUUUGUUUGCUUGAUCUAAUACACAUAGAAACAAAGCAGAAUGCUUUGGAUAUG